UCUUAGAGCCGGAUCGUUCGCGACCGACAAAUCACUACAACGGUUAACUUUUUAACCUGUGGUGCAUCUUCACUACGGAUUCUAGCAGCACGCUCCCCGGGGACACUUGGAAACCACGCUCAUGACGGUGGUGAAUCUACAACUUCAGCAUGCAGCCAACUGAAGCAAACAAAGGAUGUCCUCCGAAGAGCCGGCUGUUGGAUUCUCUGACAGUGUAUCUAAACAACAAGAAAAGACUACAGCCCAUUAUUGGUCUGGGCUGUAUCACAGAAUGUUUGAAGAUGGGUGCACAAGACAGAGAAGUAUUGUACCUUUGUGAGGUGUGCGUGUGUCGACUUAGUAAAGAUGACAUACGGAACCACAUUAUGGGGAGUCUCCACAGAUACAACUACAUUAGAGCCUGGCACCCGGAUUUAGUGUCUGAAUGGAAGGAGAACUGUGACCUGUCUAAGCUGGCCUGGCCACUGAUGGAGAUAGCAAAGACACUUGAAGGAAAAGAGGGCCCUGGAGAAGUACAGCUUAUAGAGCUAGAAGAUGCUAUAUACCAAACAAUGGCAGUAUUCAGUGAAAGUGAGGCAGUUACUCUGAUCCAAAUCUUAAGAACUCGACAUGUACGGCUCGAACCUGAGAGCCACUUUGAGGCAUCAUCCGUGCAGCCACAGAGGACUGUGUUGCUUUCUGAAAACCAACAGAGAUGGUCUGAUACCAACCCUGACAUGUUCCUUGAUGCCUUUAGGUCAUCAGAGAGCGGCUUCAGCUUUCUUGAUAGCUAUAGAGGAACUGAGCCUCUCAUUGGUGUUUCCAGAGUGGUUGAGUGUAGAGGUGAAGAUGGCCACACGUACUGUUUCUUAUGUCACUGCUGCCGCAUCAGAUCCACCAAAAACAUCAUUGAUCACCUAACCAGCUCAUCCCAUCUUGUAAACUACUUGGUGGAAACUCGUCCUGAGCUGAUGGAGGUGUUGACAGCAAGUACUAGCGAAGACUAUCAGCUUCUUCAGUCACUGGCCAAGAGUGUGGAGCAGGAGGAGGGCAGAGGAGAGCUACAGGUGGUUAAACCACCAGAAUCCCUCUGCGUCCAGCUGACUGAGAGAAGUUAUCACUGGUGUUUAAAGAUGCUGUGCGAGGGAUGGACACAGACUGACAUCCAAGGGCCCAAUGGGAACAGAGAAAUGACAGAGACAGGUGCCACAUCGCUGUCAGAAAGCAGAAAAGGGAGAAAGACAGCAAAGAAGAUGAUGGAAAAGAGAACUACUGUGUUCAGGGUAAGCCUGCCGCACAGUCAAGGUUCACUGCUGCUGAGAAGGACGUCUUUCUGCGAGGACACCUUCCAACCAGAGGCAUGGGAGUACAUGUUACCAUCAGGCUCAGAUCGAAUCCACUCCACAGAGUCUGGAUCAGAAGAAAAUUUGUUGAACUUUGACACCACCUUGGGGUCAGAAAGAAACAUCACAGUCAAAAUAUCUGGAGAGGAGAUGGGUUUCCAAAGUGGUGAUGAGCAUUUGAACCAAUAUAGAAACUUCAGUGGGAGAGAGGAACAAAUCUCUCAUGAGGGAAACAAUGACAAUGGACAAAACACACCUCAAGACCCAUCAAGUGAGAUGUUGAACAGAGAAUGGAGAAAUAACUACCCACAAGUGCAAAAUGAGUGGAUGCUGCCUCCUGGGUGCCCCACUCCGGACUGGGCGUCUUAUUAUGCUUCCUACGGACAUGUGGAAUGGUACACGCCAACUUCCCAGAGUACAGUUCAUACAGAAGUGCCAACAGAAAAUACACAAUCGGAGGCGAUCUCACAUGCACCUCUCGGUUGUAACUACUAUGACUAUUAUAACUAUUAUAGCGAUUAUUAUCAACAACAGGCCCAUCAUCAGUAUAUGGCACAAAAUGGUCCAAGUCUACAGACAGCUGUUGAUGGCAGAAUGGACUACCUGGUUGAUCAAAUGUUCACUUAAAUCCUGUGAGGAUCAAUGUGCACCAUUGUUCAGGAGAUCCCCUCGCUCACAGUGGCAGCACAGUACAUCAUUUGAAAUUGAACAGAGAGAAAUGCAAGAAGCUCACUACUGGCCAUGUGCAGACAGCUCCCUUAAGUUGUGUGACAGCAUAUGCCCUAUAUCAAGCCAUUCCAGGAAGCCGCUGGGUGAUACCUAACCCUUACUAUGAAACGAAACCAUAGACAACCUGUCGCCAGCAGUUUCCUCACAUCAUCGAGCCUACUCUGAACUUGAGUCACAACCUCUGGUUAGUGUGGCUGAUGACUUCUUGUCUUAUUAUUAAUUCUGCAUAUGAGAACCGUACAAUGGCACUUAUUUCCCCAUUGAAUGAAAGACACUUGAUACAGCCCAACACGGCUCGUAAUAGUGCAGUGGUGUCUCUGAUGUGUCCUCAAAUAAAGCCUCUGGUUUCUGCCAGAAAUGGGAAUCUCCUAAUAGAGGGAUUUUUAUCUUGCACUGAUGAAACCUGCUGUGCCACCAAAGUCAGUUAUGUGCGUACUUAAAUGUUUAGACUCGACGUUAUUCAGUCUGACAAAAUAUCCCAUUGUAUGAUUCUGAUGGGGAUUUGUGUGAUCUAGUUAUAUAAUGCCUUUAUAUUGAUUUUCCAUGCAAGGCAUAUUGGGGGAAAUUUUAUAUUGGUUUGAUUUGCUUUAUAGAAACAACAGAAGUUGUAAAAGUUUCAUCAUACUGAGCUUCUGGUUAAUAUUUGUCAUCAAUAUAUGGAAUGCAAUUGACUUUUCUAUUUCUUUCUUUUCUAUGUCCGACUGUGACUGGAAGAACUCCAAAGUUGAAAAUGUAUCAAAUGUAUGAUGACUAAUUUUUUUUGAAAAUAAAGGUUAAUGUCAUAAAAGAA